UGAAUCAGUUAUUCUGUUUCUGACGGAACUCGCCGCCAAUCACCAACAUUUGGAUUGGCGCGUUGUCCAAAAUGGAAGCCUUGGCUGAGCUUGAGAGACGUCAAAUUCAACUCUUACACCGUAUAGCUAAACUAGAGCUCUCCUAUCUGCCCCAGCACCACUCCAUUUCAUCCUCCAAACCAACCGCACGUCCUGUUGACGACACCGAGGCUGACACUGAAGCUCGCCUAUCCGCUAUUUUGCUCUCCAACGGUGUUGACGACUUCUCCUUCAAGAGGGUCCCUUUCGAUUACUACGAUUGGCCUCUUGAAGCCAGACGCGAUGCCCUUGGCGCCGCUUCUAUCGAUCAUCUUUGCAAAAGCAUAGUUUUGGUCAAUACUCAAGCCCAGUCCAAUGUAAUAGACUGUAGAGAUCGCAACAAUUCCAAGUACUAUGUUGUUAUUGUUCAGUACACUGCUAGGUUUAAUGCCGAAGCUGUUAAAAAUUUUCUGUACUCACUCAACAGUGGAAAAAUAGCCAAAAAGAAAUUCAACUUGAGGCUUGCGCCGGAAGAGACAUCAACUGAGUUAACUGGUUAUGGGCGCAAUGCAGUCACUUGUAUUGGCAUGAAGACAGAUAUUCCGGUGAUCUUGGAUGAAGCCAUUGUAAAACUAACUCCGGACUUUUUCUGGUUGGGUGGUGGCGAGGUUGAUCUGAAGCUGGGGAUAAGGACGUCUCAGUUAAUCAGAUUUAUCAAUCCAUUCAUUGUCAGUUGUAGCAAUAAUUGAUCUGGUUCAGCAGGAUGUAGUGCAACAGAAAGAUGCAUGCUUCAAUUAGAUGGUUCCAAAGGUGAAGUGCCGUUGGCAGCUCUCCAUUGGCGAUACUAUGAGAUCUGGAUCAUAAUCUCUGCAAUAGAAAUGUGAUACGCUUUCCAGAACAGGAUUUAUAAUCAUCUCGUUCUCACAUUUUUCUAGAGAUCAACAUGCUAGUGGCAUCACUGUUUCGCACUUCAUAAUUUGUAUUCGCUGAGGUUACAUCACUGGAAAAUUAACAAAUUUAACGUCAUGUUGGAAUUUUAAUUAUGAUUGUUAGGUUUCACCGAAUUCUGGGGACGAAUUGUUCAAAAGUAGCAAUACAAUAGAUUUUUUCUCUUUUGGUGUUAGUUAGUGUUUUAAUAUGUUGGACUUGUGGGUAAGGCAACAUUAUAAUUGUAAAAGUGAUGCUACUUAGUUUUCAUACAGCUCUAAUAUUUGAAAAUUUCCGCA